GUUUCUCCCUCUGCGCGGGCACGUCGUGCGUCAGCCGCGCGCACUGCAAACGGUUUACGUCUGCUCCUCUCAGCCUCUAGGAGCCGCUGCGCAUGUGCAGACUCUUAUUCCCGAUGACGGGUCUGGACUCAGAACAUCUUUCGGAGGCCUUCUUCUCCUUCUUCUCCUCUCCGGGGUCCCUCAGCUCCUCCAGCCCGGAGCCGGCUCAUCGUCCCCGCCUGUAGGUUCGCUUUAUCCCGACAUGUAACCGGGACCCCUCUUCUCCAGCCCGGCGGACGCGCGCCUCCCCCCCCCCCUCCACCUCCUGCAGGCUGCCGGGGGACCGCGGACCUCCACACCGACGGGAACGCACCCGAGUCGGGGUGGAGCACGUUGAACAUGUUCGGGGCUCCGGACUCGGAAGACACCGUUUGGCUUCACGUGAACGCGCACGAGGCGCGUCAACCUGUCGGGAGUAAUGGUGAAGCCACGCGGCUGUGUGGUGCUCCCUAGCCUCCCACCUGGUCACCUCCCCUCCCCCGCCUCCUCCCCCCUUCCGCCCCUCUCCUCCUGGUCACCAUGACGACCACCAUAGCGAUGAUGCCGGUCCAGCCCGACCCGGAGCUCAGCCCGGAGCGCCUGGACGGCUGCGAGGACUCGGGCGGGCGCUACGAGGUGGUGCCCUCCGUGGUGUGCUCCAUGUGCUGCCUCUUCGGCAUCAUCUACUGCUUCUUCGGCUACCGCUGCUUCAAAGCGGUGAUGUUCCUGACGGGCCUGAUGUUCGGCUCCGUGGUCAUCUUCAUGCUCUGCUACAAGGAGCGCGUCCUGGACACGCAGCUGAGCAUGGAGGCGUCGGUGGGCAUCGGCCUGGGCGUCGGCGCGCUGUGCGGCCUGGUCACCAUGCUGGUGCGCAGCGUGGGCCUCUUCAUGGUGGGCCUGCUGCUGGGCCUGCUGGUGGGCGUGGCCACCCUGGUGGGCAUGGAGGAGCUGUCCGGCAGCCCGCCGCGCUCCGUCUGGGUGCCGCUGGCCGUGCUGCUGGGCCUGGGCAUGCUGUUCGCCGUGCUCACGCUGCAGUGGCAGCGCCUCUUCACCACCGUGUCCACGGCCAUGUUCGGCGCCGCCGUCAUCACGGUGGCGGCGGACUACUUCGUGGAGCUCUUCGGCCUCGUGCUCUACGUGUACGAGCGGAUCAAAGCGGCGCCCGGGAAGCCCGUGUGCUGGCUGACGUGGGUGGUGCUGGGGGUGUGGCCCGCCCUCACCCUGCUGGGGGUCAUGGUCCAGUGGAAGGUCACCGCUGAGGGAUACUCCCAUACCAAGGUCAUCAUCAGCCGGCAGCAGAGGCGGAUGCAGGUGAUGCGGAUCCGUCAGCGUGACGACCGCUACCGCAACAAGAAGAAGAAGAAGAAGCCGCAGCACGGCUCCUCCUCCGGCCAGGCCAAGCCGCUUCAGACCGAGCCCGCCUACCGCCGCAAGCCCAACCCCAUCCGCCGCUACGACACGGACGCGCUGUCGCCGAGCUACAUCCAGAGCUUCAGAGACCGCCAGGUGCAGGACCAGCUCGCCCCGAGCCGGCCGGCCGGCCGCCCGCACACCAUGGUGGACAUCAGCUACGACCGCAGCUCCACCACGCCCCUCACCGGCGCCGCGGGGCCUUCUCUGCGAGUCUGACCAGGCCGCCACCUCCCAGGGUCCUUGAACGCACCACUCUACCGGGGAGAUGCAGGACUCUGCAAUCAAACUGGGUUUAAACGUAAUCUGGGUUUAGCCACACCCCUAAGAGGAGGACUUUAUAUUUAGGGCUGGAUUUACCCAACAUGCAAAUGUGCCAGUGUUCCUUGUGGCUUCUGCUGGACCAAUCAGUGUGGUGCAGAGGCGUGGCCUCUUUUUCACUGUCUUUCAGUAGAUUCAAAUGCCCAAAUGCAUGCAUGCACUUACACAGACACGUCAUCUUAGGGGUUGGUGAGACCCCGGACCCCGGACCCCGGACCCGGUCAGACCAGACCUGGGAUCUCCAUCUCAGUGCGAAGCCGCCUCAGGUUCAAACACAGACACCCAACUGACGGUGCAGAAGCAACUACAUCCUCAGCCUGCAGGUGUCCAACGAAGAUGGAUCUGUGAGGGGAAACAUACGGGCCCUGAAAUGCAAACCGGGAUCUUUUAUUUGCUUUCUGCGCCAUCUGGACCAGAACGAGGGUCCUUGAAACCCUCCGUCACCCGAGGUGCUGGACCACAACCUUCUUCACGGGUCCACCGGCUCCCCGAUGGCCUGGGAGUUUGUUUACAGGGUGCCUUGCCCCUCUGGACGGAACCACUCAGCAACAGGAGGGGUGUUUCUAGCAGAUCUACGGUCUCAGGGGGGGGGAGCCAUGGAGCUACAACAAGCAGGGUACAAUAAUAUUGUUGAGUCGAUCCAGAUGCCUGGAUAUGUGAGGAGGUUUUGUUUUUAGCUGACGACUAGAGAGCCACAUACACACUGGCACCUCCUCUGAGAUCUCACCUGAGCUUCUGAGUCCAACCCGACCUUCAGGCCGUGUCCUCCAGGAGGUUCUCUAUGCUGCACAGCAGGGUUUUUUAUUCCAUAAGCGUAGAUGAAAGAUAUUAUGUGAACCUUUUACGGUUGUUGUGGCAGAGCACCUUCUUCCUCGUUGGUAUUGCAAAUCAAUCGGAGUGAAGAAGCCGCUGAAAGCUGCACAUUCUACUUGAAUCUCAAAGCUUGCAGGAUAAUUAUUGAUGGGUAUUAAAGAUGUGACUCCAGGCUGAGAUGAAACCAGUGGCCCAGUGGCCAUAGCGACUCCUUCCAUCUUGUGCAUUGAUUUUCUUUAUUCGGGUCGACAUUUCUGUCCCCAGUGAAAAUGUGAAUACUUUAUCGUCUUUACCUUUUUAUAGGAAAAGCAAGCAAAUGGGGGGGAAGAGGGGGGGGGGGGGUAUGUUAGGUUUAUAUUCAUGCAUGAUCUCCACCCUCAUGUGCAUCGAUGUGAAAUGUACAUACAUAAAACACAGCACUUAUUAAUUAAUUACAUUUCAUUUGAACUUUCUUCUUCUAAUCACUUUGUUCUUUUCCAGUGGGACGUAUUUAUUUUCUGAUGUAUUUAUUUCUCCAGCUGUUCUGUAAAGGAGAGUGUCAUCGCUGUGGGCCGGUAGCUCCAUGCUUCUAAACAACUUUAAUUAUGAUUAUUAAAGCAUGUGUUCCUACGGGCCGGAUCAA